AUGCUCGAUGAAAAUUUGUCAUGUCUGUUAGACGAGAGCGAUGACGACUGCUCCAGAAAAAAUGAAGACAAAAAGAGGAAGCAACAGCUGCGUCAGAAGAGCAGCAAUGUGGUCAAUGAGAGUGAUGGAGAGUUUCUCCCCAAGUCUAUCCUAAACUUUAACAUUCGCAACAUAGAGAAUUUGGAUAAUUUUUUUAAAAACACCAGUGGCGACUUCGGCACUGUUGCACAACAUAAGGGAGAGAUUCAGCGCACCGCUUCGCGCACGUCGACUUGGCUGAGGCCAAGUGGAGAAGCCAAUCAAAGGGGAAACUCGCUCCACAGGAAAAAUGAACAGCUGAGGGAAAAUUCGAACAGUACAAAUUCUGUUAGUGGGGAAAAUAGAACAAUCGCAGUAGCGAAGGCCGCGCAGGUGGUAGACAACGAUACAAGCAAUGACCGAAAUGGAAGGUGCGGUAGCCACGCUUUAAAUUACUUCCCACCUCUAGAAAUUGAGAAGCAAGAAAUUGCAAAAAGGAAAAUUUUGGAGCCUUCUUCCCAGAGUACUACUAACCUUGUACAUGCACACGGGGGGCAAGCGAAGCAUGACAUCAAAAGCAACAAGGUAGCAGAGGGAAACCCUGAUGUGGUGAAAUAUACGAUAGAGGCGAAUGCUGCCCAUUGGUGGGAAAGCGCAGAUGUGCUUGAAUGGGAGUCAGCCACACCGAUCUCUUCCUCGACAAAAUUGUGCGGCAAGAAAAGAGCCUCAGAAACCAACCUGUACACUGAACUGUUUAAACAGGGAGAACCGCGACACGGAGAUGAAGCAGAGGCAGAAGUGGAAAUAGCCAACAGUGCUGCAAUGCAAAAUGAAGAGAGAAUACUAAAGAAGCGUAACGAAUGUGUAGAAGGAACAGACCAUGCGAAUGUACCUAUGCAUGGAGAAAAGAAUGUCAACUGGUCCAAUGGAAGAAGCUCCAAUCGCGUUGUACGGUUUGUCACCAAUGAGGAUGGACAGGAGUUACCACCUCAGAUGAGAAGUAACGACACAACGAAAGGAACCCAAAUUGUGAACAAGGCGAAGUGGUUUAGUAGUAGAAACUCCAGUACAGUGCCACCCAUGAGGACAAAUUCUACCACAUCCAUUUCUUUCUUAAGUGGUGCUUCUAAAUUGAACUCGAUAAGAUACACCUCACAGAUGUCCGACAAAUGCAUAGAAGUAGAUCCGCUUGCUGAAAAAAACAAAAUCGAAAAAAGGAAAGAGUUAAUUUUUUGCUUUUCAUUUAUAAAGUACAAUUCUUGGGUGAAGGCUUUGAAAAUCCUGAAACUGCCUUUGGACCCCUUCCACCUGAGUAUAAAUGCUCAUAGGUAUGUGAUGGACUGGGGGGAAGAGCAAACGGGUCAGGAUCGGAGCCAGGGACAAAUGAGGUAUGCAUCUAGCCCAGACUCGCACGAGCCAAGUGGAGCGGUAGGCGGAGCACCCUCCUUCCUGUACACUCACAAUAUCCACAACAUUUUAAAAAACAAAAGGUUCGCAAAUUACAGAAUCGAGAAAAUGAUGGUGCUUGUGAAGAGCAUCAGAUGCAGGAGUCAUGGGUACUUCAUAGUAGCCAUGGACCCUUCUGGCCAGAUGCCAGCUUCUAUACAUAAGGAGGUCGAGAAGGAAUACAAAAAACACAUAAGCAUAGGUUCUACGCUAAUUCUAAAAGACGUCACAGUGUUCGAAACGCUAGAUAACUUUCCCUACUUGAUAAUAACACUUCGAACCCUCGUGCGGGUCAUCAGGGCAGAGGAAACGAGUUACACUGAGAAGGAGGACAUCCUCAAGAACAUGUACGAGUGCACACGGCGCAGGGCGUGA